GCGAUCAUUGACGGUCCAAACUUUGCCCAUCAUAUCUACCAGGAGGUAGAAUCGGAACAGCGAGCCAGCAACAGUACUUCAUCGAACACGAUCGGUCCCCUAUCCACCUACGCAGACUAUGCAACAAAGGCUAUCGAAUGGAUGGACUGUCUCGAACAGUAUGGUGUCCGAAUCGGAGCAGUCAUCUUCGACGGCGCGUUACCCGCUGAGAAGCGGACAACAAGAUAUAACCGCCUGACAGCAUAUGCCAAGAACCUAGACGCAUACCGGGCACGACAUGAACAGGUACUCCUCGGAAAGGUGGGACCGAAUGGUGCCGGCCUGCUUCAUCAAUCACGGCAGAGACUCAUCCCUGCCUUCCUUGUUGCUGCAGUUCAGGAAGCACUUGUGAGCAGUCGAUACAGUGCCGUGACUUAUCUCGUACCUGGAGAAGCCGACCCUUUUUGCGUGGCAGCUGCUAGGGACGCUUGUGAACAGCAUCCCGCGCAAAAGGUCGCUAUCUUCUCAAACGACUCCGAUUUGGUUGUCUACCCUCACGGUAAGUCUACCAGGAUUGUGGCGCUGAAGGGACUGUCUUGGAGAAGUGCAGCCGGGCAGAAAGUGCUUCUAGCAGACGUGGUAUGGCCCGCUUCCAUAGCCGGAAAGCUACACCGCGCAGAUGUGACGGAGAUCGCAUUUCAUUUUUACCUGGACCCGCAAUGCGGCGUCAAUAAGGCAAGAUCGCUUGUCGAAAAAGGUAGGACAAAGAAGGAUCAACUGUACAGAGACUUCGCGAAGCUCUACUGUCUCCAUGGCGAGUCAGAGACUUAUGCAACACUCCUCAUCGACCAGCGGGAACGACAACUCCUCCAAGCUACAGAUGCAAGAGUCAGCGAGCUGAUCUGCCAGGUCAAAGACAGUGCGGUCGAAGUUGCGCCACCAGAGGUCGUUAUGUCUUUACCGUUUCUCCUAGAUGACCCGCUCAGAGCUACAGCAUGGAAUAUUGGCACCCAAGUGCGCCAAUAUGCUUACGAGAUGUUGUUCUCAGCUUUGGGUUAUCCACGAGUCGAAGUUUCGGAGUACCGACGGUCACGGACAUCCAUAGUGAAGGUGCCUAUGACGGAGUGGAAGGACAUCCCAGGAACCGCACCCCCGCUGAGUCUGGAUCCGAGGUCGCUCACUGAUGUAGAGACGCUUCCUGUUGUUGACCGAUGGAGAAUGCACGUUGCUGAAAUCAUGCUAAGGGAUAUGCGCGUAGAAGGCAUGAGCCGCCCUUCUCUGGACGCUCUCCGCGUCGUACUGCAAGGGCAGCAAACCAGUCAAUGGCCAGUCAUUCACCUCAGUGCAUGCUACCAAGCAGCGUACUACUCCUGGCGUAUACUUGCACAA